CAGUUCUCAGAUUCAGUUCGCUGUCAGUUUGUCAACGGGUCGCAUGCGUGUUCGGAAAAUCGCGCAAAGCGAAUGUUAAUUUGGAAUAUCAAGAGCUAAAGCAAAUUCAAAUACCUGUAAAAGUGCAGUGCCUGUGAAGUGAUUCUUAAAUUCCUUAAAUUCUCCACCAAGGAACGAGUAUAAAAAAGGAUUAUCAUGGCCCACGGUUCAACAGGCUGCCUCUUGCUGGCCCUUUUCUCCCUGCUCUUGUUUUUCAAUACAGCCUCCGCGGUGCUGCGAUGCUGGCGCUGUUCGACGGACGUGUCCAAUGGCGAGUUCUGCAACGAUCCCUUCAUGCCGGAGACCAUUUCGGAGCAGCAGCGGUACUGGAGCUACGUGAACUGCACCUACUCGGUGGGCGCGAAGUCGGUGAACGCCCGGCCCGUGUGCAAGAAACUGGUGCAGGAAGUCUACGGCAAGCGGGUGAUUUCGCGUUCCUGCUUUUACGAGGACAUGGACGAUUCGGCGGACAAGUGCGCCAAUGACCAGACCUCGUCCUACAUAAAGACCGUCUACUGCCGCACAUGCACCACGGACGGAUGCAACGGAGCCGGUGGCGCCACUCCACUACUCCUGCUCCUAAUACUGCCCCUUUGGCUGGCGGUAUCCUUCGGGCACUUGCCGCUGAGCAAAUGAGCCAAAGGAUCUGGCCCGGACUUAACUGCGGGACUUCAGGCUGAAGUUGAACUGGCCGGGAAUUUCGGUGCUUAGCCCGGACUUAACUGCAUUUUUUCAACAAGUUUUAGUCACUUUGCCCUCACGAAUCUGCACAAAUCACAGGACACAGGAGAAUAGGAUGCCCCAGGUGCGGAAGGCCCGUCAAUCGCGGUCACCCUUUCGACAUCAUCCGCGUAAAUGUUUCUGAGUCACCGCAGUCACAAAAGAUCAAACAGUUACUCGUAGUCAGUACUCUACACCCAUCAUAAAACACUCGAACACACUUAACUUCGUUGCAAUAUGUACAUCCAUGUAAUGUCUUAAUUAUUGUAUUUGUAAUUAAACGGACAGAGCACUUGGGCUCUGCCUGUACGUAUUUAAAUAAAUCGUAAUUAGAUGGUAUGCUAAAAGUGCAUUUAUAAA